CCCUCAGGACUCGCACUCCACAGCCCGUGGGCACCAAGUAGCAGACAUGCCGCGCUCAUUCCUAGUGGAUUCUCUCAUCCUAAGGGAGACCAACGAGAAGAAGGACGAAAACAGCCCCCCACUCUUCCCAUACACCGUCCACCCUUCUCACCCUUUGCAUGGGCUGCCUGGUGGGACUUGCCACUCGAGGAAAGGGGGUCUGUUGUGCGUGUGCCCGAUGUGUGUCACCGGCUCCCAGCUCCAUCCACCGACCCCGGGCAUCCCUCUCCUUAAGGCUUCGUUCUCCUCAUUCAGCUCGCAGUACUGCCCAACAGCCCUGGGGAGACAGCAUUCAGCAUCCUCUGGGAUCAGCUUGAGCCAUGGCCCGGCUAUCUACCAGGCGACAUACCCCCUGCCGGACCCCAGGCAGUUCCACUGCAUCUCUGUGGACACUUCAAGCAGCCAGUUACCCAGCAGCAAGCGGAUGCGCACAGCCUUCACCAGCACCCAGCUCCUGGAGCUGGAGAGAGAGUUUGCCUCCAACAUGUACCUGUCCAGACUCAGAAGAAUUGAGAUCGCCACAUACCUUAACCUGUCCGAAAAGCAGGUCAAAAUCUGGUUCCAAAACCGGAGGGUCAAACACAAGAAAGAAGGAAAAAGCAGUUCACACAGAGGAAGCCCCCAUAACUGCAAGUGUGCCUCCUUAUCAUCCACAAAAUGCCUGGAGGAGGACGAUGAUCUGCCAAUGUCCCCAUCAUCCUCAGGAAAGGACGACAGGGACCUUUCUCCAAGCCCCUAAUGAUAACAAAUAAUCAAAGACAUUGUACAUAUGAUGUAACUUUAUAAGAGUUCUUAUGAAAUGUUUUUAACACUUACUGAUCCACAAAGCGAUUCUCCGUUAAAGGCUGUACAUAGCAGGGGCUGUAAUCCUAACAUCACCCAUUACAGGCCGAUCAAAACCAUGUCUCU